AUGAUGGUUCAAGCUUUUGCAGUCAUCUUGAUUCACGAGGAAAAGGGGGGCACUCACGGUCUGGUAGAGCAAAAAGCUGGAAGGAGCCUAGGUCUCCUGGUGACUUCAGGGACCUGCCCUAUGUACUUUGGACUGCCUACCUUCAGAUGGGCGGCGGCGCAGGUGCCCGAGACGCGCGACGGGCUUGGCCGGCGGGUGGGGGCGGGGAGUCCGAGCCAUUCGAACCUCGGGGGCGCCAAGCCGGGCUGGGGAGCGCCGGCCCGACGGGGAGCAGCCCGUGUCCCCCACCAUCCUGCGAAGGCUGGUGCCGAGGGGUGGUCGCGGCUGGGCUGCUCCGCUCUCCUGGCGAGUCCGCCGGCGUCCUGCUGGCCGCUGCCCGCUGCAGUUCACCCGCAGUGGAAAAGCCGGGGGUUUGGGGGUUCCCGCGGCAUCGCCUUAUCUCGGGAGGGGGCGGGCAGCGGGAGAGCGGCGAGCGCUGGGCGUCACUCGCAUCUCACCUGCCCGGGAAGGGUCCUCGGCCGGGAGCGGCUCUGCCAAGACGCGGGGCUCCUGAGGGUGCCCGUUUUUGAGAAAGAAGAGUCGUGGCCGCCAAGCAAACAGCGGUACAAGUACCUGCCAGUCGCCCAGGCUGUCCCCACAUUCGUGAGACUUGUUUCUGCAUCUGUGUGGACAGCGUCCGUGACUUUAGCGGACGUGCGGUUCUGGAGGGCGGCUCCGCAGAAUGUGAAAUAUAAAUCACGCCAUGCUGCUUACAUCAUAGGUCGAGGAAUUAAAAUAUCUGGUCAUGUUGAGCCUGAAGAUUUAUGUUUGAGAUCAGUCUGUGCCACUUUUUCAGUGUCUGAUAUUGGCCAAGUAUCUUUACCUCAUUUAAAGUCAAUUGUUUAUCAGUACAAUGAGUAUCAGUGCCUCACCUGUGGAGUGGUCGAGAUAGAUGUGAGAACUCUAAAUUGUGUAGUGCUUUUUAGCUAUGUUUUAGAAAAUAAUUAUGAGAGCUUACAUGUACUAAAUGUUGAAAGAAAUGGAAAUAUUAUUUAUACUUAUAAGGAUGAUAAGGGAAACGUGGUCUUUGGAUUAUAUGAUUGUCAAGCCAGACAAAAUGAGCAUCUGUAUGCCUUUGAGAAAGAUUUGCAAGUUGUCAGUUGUUCUGUCAACAGUGAGAGGACUUUGCUGGCUGCAAGUUUAGUUCAAUCUACUAAAGAAGGAAGAAAGAACGAGCUUCAACCAGGAUCAAAAUGUUUAACUUUGUUAGUCGAAAUCUACCCUGUUAACAAUGUGAAGGUUCUAAAAGCAGUGGAUAGCUAUAUUUGGGUACAGUUCCUCUAUCCACAUGUUGAAAGUCAGCCUCUUCCAGAGAACCAUCUGUUAUUGAUUUCAGAAGAGAAAUAUAUUGAGCAAUUUUAUAUCCAAGUCACCCAAGAAGACGGAAAUAGAGUGGUGAUUAAAAAUUCUGGCCAUCUCCCAAGAGAUAGAAUAGCAGAGGAUUUUGUUUGGGCUCAGUGGGAUAUGUCAGAGCAGAGAUUAUACUACAUUGACUUGAAGAAAUCAAGGAGUAUCUUAAAAUGCAUCCAGUUUUAUGCUGAUGGAAAUUUUAAGUUAAUGUUUGAAGCCCCCUUGGACAUAGCAUUAAGUGAUUCAGGAUUGAAACUUGUCAACUUUGGAUAUGAUUAUCGUCAAGACCAAGAAGAAUUAUCCAAAUACCCGACUCUGUGUGUUUUUACCAACCAUACAGGAAGUUUGUGUGUAUGUUACAGCCUGAAGUGUGCCUCUUGGGAACAAAUCACGUAUUCUGUGUUUUACUUUCAUAAAGGACACGGCAAGACCUUCACUGCUGCUCUUGGUAAUGCUGGCUCACAUGUGGCAAAGGGCAUUACUUUUCUCAACCUUGACUAUUAUGUGGCUGUUUACCUACCCGGUCAUUUCUUACAUCUGCUUAACAUUCAACAUCCGGACUUGAUCUGCCACAGUCUGUUUCUGUCAGGAAACAACGAGAUGACUGAUUUUCUACCUCAUAGUCACUUACAAUCACUGUCAGGAUCCCUGGUACUGGAUUGGUGUUCUGGAAAGCUCUAUAGAGCAUUCCUCAGCCAGUCAUAUUUAUUACAGUUCCUAUGGAACACCCGCCUAGACUAUGAGAAGAUGGCCAUAUUGCACUGUGUGCUCUCAUGUGGCCCAGACCCACGAUUCCUGGAAGGCCAGAUUAUUCGAUGGAUUUCUGAGAAUGCCUCUGCCUGCCAUUCAUUUGACCCUAUUCAGGAAUUUAUAAUUGCUUCUUCAUAUUGGAGCGUGUAUUCAGAGACAAGUAACGUGGACAGACUUUUGCCAUAUUCCUCAGUGCUCACUUGGGAUACAGAAAUUCCUGGAAUAACCCUUGUGACAGAAGAGAUCGCAUUGCCCCUUAUGAAGGUGCACAGCUUUAAGGGUUACUGGGAAAAACUGAACUCCAACCUAGAAUAUGUUAAGUACGCCAAGCCACAAUUAUGCUAUAAAAACAGUGUGGUCAGGAGAGAGUGGCACAACCUGAUCUCGGAAGAGAAAACAGGAAAGAGAAGGUCCACAGCAUAUGUGAGGAAUAUUCUUGAUAAUUCAAUAAAGGUGAUUUCUAACCUAGAAGCAAGGAAUUUGGAGCCAAGAUUAACGCCCCUCUUGCAGGAGGAAGACAACCACCAGAGGCUGCUUAUGGGGUUGAUGGUGUCUGAGCUAAAAGACCAUCUUUUCAGACACCUACAGGGUGUAGAAAAGAAGAAAAUUGAACAGAUGGUUCUGGACUACAUUUCAAAACUGCUGGAUCUCAUUUGCCGCAUACUGGAAAGCAGUUGGAGGAAACAUAAUCUUCACUCCUGUGUUCUCCACUUCAAUAGGCAUGGCAGUGCUGCUGAGUUUGCAGUCUUUCACAUCAUGACCAGGAUUUUGGAAGCGACUAACAGUUUGUGUUUACCUCUGCCUCCUGGUUUUCACACUCUGCACAUGAUCCUUGGGGUUCAUUGUCUCCCUUUGCAUAACCUGCUGCAUUACAUUGAUAACGGAGUGUUGCUUCUCACCGAAACAGCUGUCACAAGGCUCAUGAAAGAUCUGGACAAUACAGAGAAAAAUGAAAAACUAAAAUUCAGCAUCAUUGUGCGGCUUCCUCCGCUUAUUGGUAAGAAGAUCUGUCGACUCUGGGAUCAUCCUAUGAGUUCUAACAUUAUUUCCCGGAACCAUGUGACACGACUGCUUCAAAACUAUAAGAAACAGCCUUGGAAUUCUAUGAUUGACAAGUCAUCAUUCAGUGUAGAAUUUCUGCCUCUGAACUACUUCAUUGAAAUUUUGACAGAUAUAGAGUCGUCCAGUCAAGCUGUGUAUGCUUUUGAAGGACAUGACAAUGUGGAUGCAGAAUUUGUGCAGGAAGCAGCUCUGAAGCACACCACAAUGCUUUUAGGCUUAUAAAGGAGAAAAUGCAAUGGGAUCUGCUUCCAUAUUUUAAUUUUGCUCAUUACCUUACUCAUGCUGAGAAUUCUUUAGCAACGUUUAAAACAGGUAACAGAAGUUAGAAUGUUGAGCCGUCUGAAUUUCAGUUUGGUUCUUGUUCAAACAGAACUAAACUGCUGUACCUCAUCCCAAUUUUGAACAGCUGAUGAGCAGUCAAGUGUGGAGAAAUAAUAAACAGUCCAAGGAGGCAAGUGAUAGCAUAAACAAUAUUCUUCCUAGUAGCUUAAUAGGCCAAAAACUAUUUCUAUUGCAUUCUCAAAUAAAAUAUGCUUUAAAAACAGAGCAAACAGUGCUUUCUAGGCAAAAAUUAGGUUUGUCAUUGAAAAUAUAACAAGCAAAAAAUUAAAUGUUGCAUUAAGAACACUAUGUGGAAAGAGGCUACUUUAAAAGAAAAAAACAAAACUGAAUUUGUAUUAGAUCAAAUCUGUCUCCCAUACAGAAUAAUUUGUAACAUAUAGUAAUUUGUACAUACAGUAUUUAAGGUUUGUCUUCGUGUUAGUUCAGAUGGAACUGUAUUUAAUUUUUUUUAUAUUUAUAAAAGUUUAAUUUAGUAAUAUCUUGUCAUUAAAAAAACAAACGCUGAAAAGUUUUGGCCUGACUCUUUGUUUUUUGAACAUAGCCUUUUUUUCGAGCCAGGAGUCAUGACUCCAUGAACAUGUUCCUCCAAGGGCCCCCAGGACACCUAAAUACUUCUCCCGUUUUUUCUGUCUUUGACAGUGACUUCAUUCUAACCCAUA